CACUUCCACUCAACAAAUGCCAGUGGCAACUUCUUCACCUAUAGCGCAACUAGUUCAGCAGACUACUAAGGAAAACUGUGAAUCAGCUAAUAAAGUAGCCAAUGAGUUGCAGUCAAUUAGAGGGGAAAUGCAGUCCCUUAAAGGAGAAAUGAAAGCAGAAUUUCAGUCGCUGAAAACAAUGAUGGCGCAAUUGUUGUCAGUGAAUAAGUCAACGUGUGUGGCCGCCGUUGGAAGUGGGAAAUCAACCAUUGACAAUAGUCAACUGCAAUUCCCCGUAACUACUGAAGAAGAGUUCACCCAACUAGAAGCGUCACUUAAAAAUCCCAAAUUUAAAGAAUCAUUCAUGAUGAAAAUGGUGGAAAAAUUAUCUUUCAAUCCGGAGUCUUCGUUGAGAGCGAUGCUAAAUUAUGUUAUGGAUCCUAAGCUGUCAAGUCGUUUUACAGCAUUUGGAACUCCAAAGAAAUUGGCUCUCACUAAAUGCACCUUUUAUGCAGUUAUAACGUCCGUCAUUGUCAGCAAGUUCGUUUCGGCUACAGUUUCUGAUGACGACGUUAAGAAAAUUCUAAAAAAUACUGUAAAGGCAUACUUCCAUGAUAUACGUGAUCGCGUAGACAAAAGGGAUAGCCGGCGAAGAGUUGCAGUUGACAAUAAGAAAAGUGAUCAGAGGAUCUCUCCU